GCACAAAAUAAUAAUGUUACUACCCUCAUAACUAGAACUAGCUCCAUCACCACCAAUACAAUAUUCUUUAUUAAUUAAUCAUCAUCAUCAUCAUGGCUAGUAAAUUAUUAGCAUUCACAUUGACAUGCCCUUCAAGUCCAUCAUUCUCUACUUCUGCUUCUAGAGUCCUUCCAAUUCAUUUCAAUGCCGGCGGCCGCCACUCAUCCCUUCGCCGCGGCCUAUUUUUGCUUUCCCCCAAGGCCACCUCCGAUCAACAAGCUGGCAAGGUUGAGGAAGAUGCUGUUGUUGAUAGUAAAAUUUUACAAUAUUGUAGCAUAGACCAAAAAGAGAAGAAAUCACUUGGUGAACUUGAGCAAGAUUUUCUUCAAGCACUUCAAGCAUUUUACUAUGAGGGAAAAGCAACUAUGUCAAAUGAAGAAUUUGAUAAUCUCAAAGAAGAACUCAUGUGGGAAGGAAGCAGCGUUGUAAUGCUAAGUUCUUCUGAGCAAAAAUUUCUGGAAGCAUCUAUUGCUUAUGUGUCUGGAAAACCACUCAUGAGUGAUAAAGAGUUUGAUGAAUUAAAACUGAAGCUAAAGAUGGAAGGGAGUGAAAUUGUGGCAGAGGGUCCCCGGUGCAGUCUUCGUAGUAGAAAGGUAUACAGUGAUCUGACUGUCGACUAUUUAAAGGCGCUCCUACUGAAAGUCCCAGCAACUGUGAUUGCAUUAGGAUUGUUCUUCUUCCUUGAUGAUGUGACUGGGUUUGAGAUCAAUUAUCUGAUAGCGAUUCCAGAACCUUUCAGUUUCAUUUUAACUUGGUUUGCAGCAGUUCCCUUCAUUCUGUGGUUUGCUCAGUCAAUUACAAAUGCAAUUAUAAAAGAUUUCUUGAUUUUGAAGGGUCCAUGUCCUAAUUGUGGUACUGAAAACACCUCCUUCUUUGGGACUAUAUUGUCAAUUUCAAGUGGAGAUUCCACCAACAAAGUCAAAUGUGAGAACUGUGGAACUGCGAUGCUGUAUGAUUCAACUACAAGAUUGAUUACAUUGCCAGAAGGAAGUAAUGCAUAAAUGAAGGGAUUAGUUCACCAUUGGUAUAGAAACUAUUUACAUGUGGAAGAUAGCAUGACUGAUUUAUCAAGUCAAGAAACUGUAAGGUCUUCCACUAGUUAAAGGCAAUGAAGUCAUUAUUCUCACUCUGGAACACCAUUGGUUUGAUAUGUGUAUACUUUCUGUGAUAUUUGUAUAGCAUACACAGUUUUUGCUUUUUGUUUUUUUGAGUUAUGAGAAUCCUUAGCUCCAAUGGUUGACUUUGAUUAACAUACAUGAUAGGCUUAUAUAUCAAAAUUUGUUCCUACCA